GUCUACGCCGUCACAGGUUCCUUAACGGCUCCGAGAUAAAGGCCAACGCUCGCAGUGUUUCUAUUAUUAUGUUGGAGCGAUUAAGUCGUGCAUUAAGAAAUUAGAAUACACUUUUAAAAUGUCUUUAUAACGGCAUAGGUCCACAUGUGUUAUCUGACUCUAGUGCGCGGUUCCAGCAAUGGCCACAAGAUGUCGAUGGUAGGCCUAUGGUCUCCAGUAGCCUAACUCUACUUUACAGUUUAGCCUACAGUAACAGAUACUACAAUUGGAAAGGUGCUGAUCAGUCUCCUAGGAAUCUAAAUCACAUGAAAAAAAAUUAUAAUAACACAAAAUGACACAUUUACAGUUUUUAGGAUGCUAUGUAGAUCUAUUUAUGUGAUCAAAAUAUAGCUUUUAUAGCAAAACCUCGUCUUUUCGGACGAAACAAGAAUUGUGGAUGGAAGACACAACGGCUUCACGCACGUUUCCUAGCCAAAUGAAUGAUGACGUGUCCAGAAGUUACAGUUUGGUCCAGACCUUUUUACUUUUACAUCAUUUGCUACCCUGCAAAAGAGAGAUCGAUGUUUCGAGAUUAAUUCAUUUCCUGCACAAUUGUUCAAAUGUGUCAAGCUUGUUCAUGUCACUGUUAACGUGUGUGUAUAUAUACCUUCGGAUUAGCCGUACCUAAAAUAUGAUUUACGUCACCAAAUUCGGUAUUGUCCCGCUGAGGAGGACGCGUGAAGGCAUCAGCGGGUGGACCGGGAGAGCGCGCGAUGGGGCGGGAGACGAGGCGCAAUGUGGUGGGCGGGGGCAGUGCACGAGAGAGCCUUGCGUCUCCGGUAGCCAAGUCUCUCCACACUCGAGUGCAGCGACGAGACGGACAGAGGUAGAGAGCAUCACUACUUCUAGUGUGUGCGCGAGCCAGCUCUCUCUCCUCCGGGACAACGACCGUGUUUGGAGAUGCCCAAAUUGUCGCUGUGCUGUCGGGGGCCGCAGAUGUUGCUCCAAACUUUUAUUGGCGACACCGGUUGCCCCGUUCUUUUUCAGUCGCAAUGGGACGAAUGAAGGCGUCUGAAGCGGGACUCUAAGGAAGAGCAACCAUGUCGGUUCCGCUGCUGAAGAUCGGCGUGGUUCUGAGCACCAUGGCUAUGAUCACCAACUGGAUGUCACAAACGCUGCCGUCCAUCGUCGGACUCAACACCACGGCGCUCAACGUGGCGCCCCCGGGGGUUCCGGAUCGCAGUACCGGAGUGUUGCCGGCGAACCCUGAGGACUCGUGGCAGGUGUACAGCUCUGCACAGGACAGCGAGGGCCGGUGUGUGUGUACGGUGGUCGCUCCGCAGCAGACCAUGUGCUCACGAGACGCCCGCACCAAACAGCUCCGACAGCUGCUGGAGAAAGUUCAGAACAUGACCCAGUCCAUCCAGAGUCUGGACCAGAGGACCCAGAAGGACCUGCAGUACGUGCAGAGGAUGGAGGUCCAACUGCAGGGCCUGGAGACCAAGUUCCGGCAGGUGGAGGAGAACACAGACCACAAGCAGAACACCGCCAAACAGUACAAGGCCAUUAAAGCCAGGAUGGAGGAGCUUAGGCCCAUGAUCCCAGUGCUGGAGGAGUACAAGGCCGAUGCUAAAAUGCUCGUGCAGUUUAAAGAGGAGGUGCGCAACCUCACGGCGCUGCUCAGUGAGCUGCAGGAGGAGAUGGGCACCUAUGACUACGACGAGCUGCACAGCCGCGUGGCUAGUCUUGAGGAGAGGCUACGUGCAUGCAUGCAGAAAUUAGCGUGCGGGAAGCUGACGGGCAUAAGUGACCCCAUCACCAUCAAGACGUCCGGAUCCCGCUACGGCUCAUGGAUGACCGAUCCCGUUGCCUCGGAUGGAGACACACGGGUGUGGUACAUGGAUGGCUACCACAACAACCGCUUUGUGCGCGAGUACAAGUCCAUCGAGGACUUCAUGAACUCGGACAACUUCACGUCGCACCGGCUGCCGCACCCGUGGUCAGGUACGGGCCAGGUGGUGUACAACGGCUCCAUCUACUUCAACAAGUUCCAGAGCCACACCAUCAUCAAGUUCGACUUCAAGACCGCCGCCAUCAGCAAGACCAGCCAGCUGGACUACGCCGGCUUCAACAACAGGUACCACUACUCGUGGGGGGGCCACUCCGACAUCGACCUGAUGGUGGACGAGGGGGGGCUGUGGGCCGUCUACGCCACCAAUCAGAACGCGGGGAACAUCGUGAUCAGCAAGCUGAACCCCAACACGCUGGCGGUCAUCAAGAGCUGGACCACCAACCACCCCAAGCGCAGCGCGGGCGAGGCCUUCAUGAUCUGCGGCACGCUCUACGUCACCAACGGCUACUCGGGCGGCACCAAGGUCUACUACGCCUUCCACACCAACUCCUCCACCUACGAGUACAUCGACAUCCCCUUCCAGAACAAGUACUCGCACAUCUCCAUGCUGGACUACAACCCGCGCGACCGCGCGCUCUACGCCUGGAACAACGGCCACCAGGUGCUCUACAACGUCACGCUGUUCCACGUCAUCCGCUCCGAGGAGCUCUAGAACGCUCCGCACGC